AUGAAAGUGCUGUUGUUAGUGUGUAUCCUGACGGUGGUGUCUGCUGGGGAGGCGGACACUGAGGUUAACAACAUAGAAGCCGUCAUUAAGCAACGUGAUGAUGAAGACAACAAUUAUGUUGUUUGUACACUGGCUGACGCCGCCGAGACGUCUCAGAUCUCCUUGGAAGACAUCAGCAAGUCAAGUAUCAAGAGAAGCCCAUCAUCAGUUAUUAUUAGCCUUGACAAUGCCAUCUUCUUUCACAGAGUGCGCUUCAUCGCCUGCCAACCAGGAGCCCGCUACCGGACAAUGGACGGAAGAUGCAACAAUGCUCGCUGGCAAACCUGGGGAUCAACCAACCAGCCAUUCAGGAGAUUUCUUGAUCCUGCUUAUGAUGAUGGCAAGUUUGUUCCUCGACUGAGGGGCGUUGAUGGUCAUCCCCUUCCCAGUCCACGUGCUGUCAGUGUGGCCGUACAUCCGGGUACUGACAGUCCUUCUGACGACAGCACAGUGAUGGUGAUGCAGUGGGGACAGUUCUGGACCACGACCUCACCGGAACUCCCCUCCACGCAGGUAGGGGCAGAUACUCGGGAACAGUUGAACCUACUGACGGCGUUCGUGGACGCCUCUAACGUCUACGGCCUUAGUGAGGAUCAGCUCAGUCAUCUCAGGAACGGACGUGACGACCGUGUGAAUGUGUUUCCGGGUCUGUCCGUGCUACACACCGUGUUCGUUAGGGAACACAACCGUCUGGUCAAAGAACUUGCUGAUGUCAUGCCAUCGACCACCCCAGAUGAUGUCCUGUUUGAAGAGGCCAGAAAGAUCGUGUCAGCCAUCAUGCAACAAAUCACCUACCGCGAGUGGCUGCCCAUUAUUGUAGGGCCUUUGGCCAUGAGGAAGUACAGACUGACCCCUGGCUACAGCUUCAGGUACAACUUCACCCAGAACCCCACCAUCUACAACGUCUUUGCCUCGGCCGCCUUCAGAUACGGCCACUCCACCAUUCCACACCUUCUGAAGUCAUCAGAGAUCUGGACACCGUGCUCGAAGGCUCUCCUGAAGGACAGACGUCAAGAGGUUAACCGCUUCAUCAACAGUGGUUUAACUGAGCACUUGUUUGAGACGUCUGACAAUAAGGGCUUCGACAUCGUGUCCUUGAACAUUCAGAGAGGUCGCGACCAUGGUCUGCCUUCCUACAACAGCUUCCGCAAGGCAUGUCGGCUACCGGAAGUGACGUCAUUUGAUGACAGUGUAUUUGGUAAAGCGGGAGCUGCUUUAAGAAGUGUAUACAGAUCCCCGGAUGACAUCGAUGUCUUCACCGGUGCAGUAGCUGAAGAACACGUGUCUGACGGGGCAGUGGGCCCCUCUACUGGCUUGUCUCAUUGGUCAACAGUUUAA